GCUUGAGUUUAAAAAAAAAGCGAAUGUAAACCACAAGUGUAAAGUAAAUGUCAGUAGUCUCGUAUCUUAUCAAUUCAUUCUUGAUUUUCUGCAUAUCAUGGUUAUGAACAUUCUAAAUGCAAGCUAAAAGAAUGAUUAGUUUCCAAUUGUUAAUAAUACAUCUUUGGAUUGUUGCCGUGAUGAAUCAAAGUAAUUGUUCCAGAUCUAAGAAGGCAUUACAACCUUUGGAUUAUUACAGAGCAUAUUACAACCACUGGGUCAAAACCCCCUAUAAUAAAGCUUAUACACCUUUAUCAGAUUUAUAUGAUGAUAUUCAAAACAAGCUAACUCGACAACGCUGUGGGUCUGCCACUGUGGAUCCAAACUCAGCUAUUGUAGGCGGCAGAACGGCUAAAGAUAAGGCCUGGCCUUGGUAUGCGAAAAUUAUUUUCAGAAAUAAAUAUAACAGAAAACGUGGAUUAUGUGGAGGCUCUCUGCUUGAUGAACGGUGGGUGCUCUCAGCCGCACACUGUGUAGUUGACAGUAAAGUUGAGUAUGUGGUUUUAGGGAACUUAACGAAGAACGAUACGAUACGCAGAUCCUAUACAACAGUCAUUCACGAAGACUAUGAAGCGCACUCUAAUAACAACCCAAGCGAUAUCGCCUUAAUCAAGUUAUACACACCGGUAACAUUCUCAGACGAGAUCCAGCCAAUUUGCCUGCCGGAGAUUGAUACCAACUUUGAGAAAAACCCAGAUUGUUACGCUAUGGGCUUUGGGUUUGUCGGCACUAACCCUUUAAUUCACGUCAUCGGCUACAGCGACACUCUACAGCAGAUCAAGGUCAACAUCACGCCACAGGCCAUUUGCGCGUAUGUUUGGAAUAUGGAUGAUACAGAGAUCGACAGUCGCCACAUCUGCACAGAUAGAACUCGAAAUUAUGGAAUCUGUAUCGGCGAUUCGGGUAGUCCUUUGUGCUGUAAAUAUGGAACGAGGUUUGUUGUUGCAGGAGUAGCCAGUUUCAUUGCUCAGGGUAGUUGUAAUAGUGAGCUUGUGUCUGACGUGUUUGUUCGAGUCUCCGAGUACCGAAACUGGAUCAUAAGAAUGAUUUAUAGAUACCAAUUUACGAUAAAGUAAUAGUAAUGAUGUAUAAUUAAGAAUUUAAUGGAUACUAAAAGGAAUGAUAACAAUAUACUGAAUAGUAGAAAGAGAAUAGGGAGUGAAUAUCACUUUAAGAUACAACCAAAUUAUAUAAAUAAAAAUAAAAUCUCUUUUCUUUAAUCUCUAUCUAAAAUCUAUCUAUCAUUUAUCUAUGUAUCUAUGUAUCUAUGUAUCUAUGUAUCUAUCUAUCUAUCUAUCUAUCUAUCUAUCUAUCUAUCUAUCUAUCUAUCUAUCUAUCUAUCUAUCUAUCUAUCUAUCUAUCUAUUAUAUCUAUCUAUCUAUCUAUCUACCUAUCUAUCUCAUCUCAUAUACAUUCACAAUUUUGAAUUAACACACACUCAAUGUUAGACUCAAGGUUUACACGAGGACACACUUGAACAGAAGAUGUUUUGAAGAUACCUUUAUUGAACAAAGAAACAGACAAACUGCAACAAAUGUGUCUCGGUUUUCAUUGUUUCAUUAGCUAUCUCUACACAUCACCUUCUUGUCUCGAUUCAAUACUCUAUUUCUUCUUGUGUUGCUAUUUUUAUCUAUAUCUGUUAUGUUCAUAAGUUCUAUAUUUACGUUUCAAUGAAUGAUAAUACAUUUGUAUAUGUUACAGUCUUAUUGUUUAGAAAAAAUUGUU